AUGAAUUUGACUGGGGUUAAUGGAACUGAUGAGUGUCCCUCUUACUCCUGUCCAGAGAGGUCUGUGUCUACUGCAGUGUAUGUGUUGCUGUAUGUGUGUGCAGCUGCUGUAGUUCUGCUGACAGUGUGUGGAAAUCUGCUCAUCAUCAUCUCCGUCUGUCACUUCAAGCAGCUCCACACACCGACUAACAUGCUCAUCCUCUCUCUGGCUGUGUCGGACUUUCUGGUCGGGCUUCUUGUGAUGCCGACAGCAUUGAUAUGGAUGAUCGAGUCGUGUUGGAUUUUCAGUUUAGUUUACUGCUUAUGCUACAUAUCGAUCUCCUUGUUUCUCACAACCACAUCGAUAUACAACGUGGCUCUGAUCGCAGUCGAUCGGUACUUUGCUCUGUCUAAUCCGUUUCUCUACACUGACAUAGUCUCUGUGAACAUAAUGUGCUUUAUAGUUUUAUCUGUCUGGUUUGUGUUGCUGUUUUACAAUCUAGCUCUCCAGUACUUUAAUGGAUUUUACGCAAGCCAGGUAACGUGCCUUGGCCAGACCUUUCUAGUCUUGGAUGAGGCCUGGUCUCUGGUUGAUCUUCUGUUUACAUUUGCGUUGCCAUGUGCUGUUAUAAUCAUACUGUACGUCCUGGUCUUUGUUAUUGCGAGGAAACACGCCACUGCCAUCAGAGACCUUAAUAUUCAUACUAAGGCAUCGAAGAGCACAGCAGACUCUAUGAAAUCAGAGAGGAAAGCAGCUAAAGUACUUGGCAUUCUGGUGUCGGUGUUUUUAUCUUGUUUAUUUCCAUACUUUGUUUGUAGCAUAUUAGUUAAUGUAAUAGAAUUUGAAGUGGGAUCUUUUCAAAAAGUCUUAAUGCUGGUUUAUAUUAAUUCCACCAUUAAUCCAGUUAUUUAUGCCUUGUUUUAUCCGUGGUUUAGGAGGUGUGUUAGAAUAACUUUGACUUUUCAAAUAUUCGACCCAGAUUCUGCUCUGAUGAGUGUGCUUUGA